AUGCCUGGGCGUUUCUCAUCCGACCAUUCUCGCUCCCUCUCCCAAUCCUCACAGUCGCCAUCUCAAAACUGUCCUCCUAACCCCGAAACCGAUUCAAUGCAUCGCCGUUCGACGUCCGGUCGCUCCUCGAACAACCCCAAUGUAUUUUCCGAUGAAUACUCGCUGGAACCGAUAGAUUCGGAACAAUCCACCCUCACCCCUCGAAGUCCCUCCGUCUCGUCCAUCGCAUCGUCCCACACGCUUCGCUCGUCGGUGCCCCAGCAGAAACACUACAACACCGUCCCCACCGAGCCGGAGACGACGGAGAACCCCUUUGGUGAUGAGGCUCGCCUCUCCUUCGAUGAUCAACACCGAUCGAGCCUCCCCCAAAAGGGGAUGGAUCUCAACAGAAACUCCGUAGCGUCCACCAACGCCCCUUCAAUCACGCAGCGCAGUCAGAGCACGUCAUCACGGUUCUCCAUGCCCCCUCGGGCCCUCAGUCCCUACACCGGCGCCACCGGACCCAGCCAUCCUUAUGCAAUGUAUCCGCAGGUCGGUGUCAGCCGCUCCCCUAGUGUAACCACCACCUCGACCGUACGACCGAUGGAGCGACCGUUGGGAGAUGCGAACGCUCCUCAACACCCUUACGCCAUGUACCCGCAGAAUGUGGUGCCGGAGGAGGUGAUUGACGCUCCCGUGAUCCCUCUUGGCUUCCCUGGACAUCCCCAAGCCUACCAGCGACCACCUAAUCGCGCCGAUGAUGAUGUGGGGGAUUUGAUCGGGCCUGACGGCCACACCGAGCAGCUCCCGCCCUAUUCACGAUACCCCGAAAAUGCCGUUCCAAAGGUCGAGGAGCAACCCCUUCAGCCGGUCGCUGAUGCCCCGACGUCCCCACCACCACCUGAAACCACCCGCAAUGAGCCGGCAGCGCCCCCCGUUGCUGAAAUGUCUGCCGCGGGAAUGGUCGGCGGUAGCCAGGUCAACCUGCCGCCUCCCGUUCAGCAUCCUGAGCCCCCAGAGGAGCCGCCGGCGACCGGGAUCAUGGCGUUCGAGGAAAAGUUGAAGACGAAGGGCAAGAAAAGGGCCUGCUGUGGGCUGCCGGUCUGGACUUUGGUUCUCGUCGGUGUGGUCAUGCUCGUGGGAGGAUGUAUUGGGGGUGUUAUUGGUGGGGUUUUGGGAGCCAAAAAGGCGGCAAGCGAGGAGAAGGAUAAGGGACCGGGCCCGCAGAUUGUCACCACGACGGCCACUCCCCGGAUGGACGCAACGCCCAUCUCGACCAAUCCGACCAACCUCAUGACGCUCCCCACAGGCAAUUUCGUGAUCCCCGCGUAUGCGAAGAACCAGUCGAAAUUCUGUAUCACCGAUUCGGACUACGCUCCCUCAUGGAGUUGUAUGACCACGGGAAAUAUCCCUAUUUCGAUUUCGGGGAACCAAACGCAACCCAAUGUUUCGUUCGAAAAUGAGCCCUUCACCUCGACUUUCACCUACGGUGCCCAGGCACCAUACUUUGCCAGUCCCACGCAGUCCCUGAGCCUGAUGAUGGACUCCAGCGAUCUCAGCUUGGGCCCGGCAUGGACCUUCUUUUCCCUCUUCGAUAAACUUGUCAUUGUCCCGCAGGACACAUUCCCAUCCAGUGCCGCAUCCAAACGGUCGGUUCAUGAGGACGAAGUUCUCUCCACCUCUUAUUAUCGCAAAAAGGCGGCUCAGACGGGCGACAAGCCGUGGUUCUGCUGGUGGAAUAGCACGGUGAUGGAAUUUUUCUUGUACGCCAAUGAAACCACGAAGGAAUCUCGGGACAGUUCAAGCGCGACUCUCUUGGAGGCCGAGCCUUCCGAAACCUCGGGCUCUAAGAGCAAAUCUACGCCCGACUUCCCCCGUCGCAUCAAGAUGGAGGAGAAGCGAGAUUAUCCCCAGGCGCAGGCCCCCUAUUGCCAGCAGAUGCAAGUGAUGGACAACGGCUCGAUUCAAACCGUGUCACCCGCGACGAUCCAGAUCAAGGAGAUGGAACCGACACCGACGACGACAAUGAAAGGGUCUGGCAGUAUGACCCAGACUUACACGGCCAAGGCGCAGUAUGCUAGCGUUUGCUACUGCGUAUCCUUGACUGACUAG